AAGGCGGCUGAGUGUGUCGUGAACAUGACUCCAGUACGGUGUCGACGUUUCAUUCGGGAUACCGAACUUGACGUUCACGUGGAUUGUCGGAACUCUAAUUAUGGCUUCGAUAUUGAUACUUAUUCUUUUGAUCUGGUUAACUGGAGAGAGAAGCGGAUCAAUCGCUCUUGGAUACAAACGACCAUCUUUUUGUGAAAAUAUCAAGAAUGAUCAGCACUCGUCUUUUCUAUGGACAAUCAAGAGAGAACCCCCCUCCUACUUUUUCGGGACCAUUCAUGUACCCUACACAAGAGUGUGGGAUUACAUUCCGGACAAUGCCAAACAAGCCUUCGAAUCGUCAGACAAUGUUUAUUUCGAAUUGGACUUGAUGGAUCCAUACACAAUUUCAGCAUUGGCUAAUUGCCAGAUGUUGCCUCAGGGUAAGAAUCUAGCGGACAUUAUACCAGAUGACAUUUACGGGAGGCUAAAGAGACAUUUGGAUUACAUAAAGGGCAAGAUGCCUUCUUGGAUGAGUGCAGAUCAAAGAGGUAGAGGACGUUAUGGCGACUAUUUGUUUAAUGCCAUAACUGGAAACUGGGAGCGAAAGAGGCCAGUUUGGGUAAUGCUUAUGGUUAACUCUUUGACAGAGAAUGACGUCAAAUCUAGGGGAAUCCCUGUUUUAGAUUUAUACUUGGCUCAACAAGCCGAAAGAAUGAAGAAACAGACGGGUGCAGUGGAGAAAGUAGAAGAACAGUGUAUACCUCUAAAUGGACUUAAUAUCUCUCAGGUGCUAUUUGCUCUUAAUCAGACGUUACAGAGACACGAAAAUGGAAGAAUGAGUGACGUCAACAUUUCUCAAACAACAGAUGAUCUAAUCCUGCACUACAAUUGUGGAGACUUAAAUUCGGUAAUUUUUAGUCAAGACACGACACAGUUGCCCAAACUGACCAACAGCUCCAUGAAAUCCGAGGAUAAGGAUGUUGCACGUGACAUCGACCAUUAUUUCCGGGAGGAGCUCAUCUUCAAGCGAAACAAGAGGAUAGGCGAUCGGGUCAUUCAACUUCUUUUGGCUCAUCCUAACGAAACCUUUUUCUUUGCAUUUGGUGCAGGUCAUUUUCUGGGCAACAAUACCGUUUUGGAUUUCGUCCAAUCAAAAGGAUUUCAAAUUGAUCACGUGCCAGCCAAUAAAAAAAUUCGAGGGCAAAAGGGUCGAGAUUUUAAUAUGGGUAGAAUGUUAGCCGAUUGGAAUCAAGCCAGCGAUCCUAACAUACAGAAAAUGAAUGCUAUUGACGUCAUCGAUGAUGCUAGAAGAGGACAUCACAAAAGAAGGCAAAAUAGAAGAUUAAGUAGUUCCAAAUAUCUAACAACAACGCAAUCUCCCAACAAGCAAAGGAUGUUUAAUGAUCUUUGGGUCAGGCUCGAAGCUGUUACAACAAGGACUACAAAACCGCUUACUUCCAGUACAGAUAAAGACGAUGCCAUGACCAUUCAGAAAGCUUUACACGUUUGGUACGGAUUAAAAAAUUGUAGCUGCUACUUAUCUAAUUGUAUAUGGAUAACAAUACUUUUAUUAAGUACAAGAUGGAAAUACGUAUUAGCGUGAUGCAUCUUUAAUAAAAAUAAUAUCUAGAGAUAUAAGCAUUUAAUAUAUAUAUGGCGUGGAAAUAAUAUCAAGGAUGGAAAGGAGUAAUUAAGAAAAUUACAUUUCGCUAA